AUGAGCUAUGUUUUCUUGCUGCACUGCUCCAUCUUCACCGAGUCUGGCUGGAACAUCUACGAUGCCUUCGCCAUCUUUAUUGGCUUGCUAGACAGCGUUGUGCUGAACUUUGUGUGGCAGCCAGGACACAGGUUCUUGCUGCUGCUGCUCCCGGUGCUGCAGGUCUUGCGCUUCGGGCGCUUCUUCCCAGAGCUUGGGACGACGAUGCGUGGCAUCUCGGGAGCAAUGCUGCAGGGGCGCAUGUACUGGGCCAUGAUGCUACUGGCGCUGAUGAUCUACGCCUUCGGGGUGCUCAGCGUCAACUUCUUCAGCUUGGCGUUUCCGACGGAUCCUGUGCGGGAGCAGAUGUUUGAUGCAGUGCCGUCCGCGAUGUUUACACUGUUUCACUUUGCCACGCUGGAGGACUACACGAGCACCAUCCGCCACUUCAUAUCCGUUGGGACCACCGAAGCUUACCUCGUUGCCUGUAGCAUUUUGACCUUCAUCGUCGUGGCGCACUUCGCCCUGCUCAACAUCCUGACGGCCAUUCUGGUCGACAGCAUCUUGGACAUCUUGCCCAAGAAGAGCGCCGCGCGCCUGGCCAGCGAGAAGAAGCAGCUGGUGGAACGCCUCUACAAGGUGUGUGGAGACGUCGACUCCGAUGAGGAUGGCCAUCUCACGUGGGACGAGUUCCGAGCUGCAGAAGACAACUCCUGGAAGGAAGAGCUGCGAAAGCUGCAGAUUUCAGAGAUGGAUGUCGAGAAGCUGUUUGGAAUCAUCGACGUGUCGGACUGCGGCAAGGUGGCUGCGGCGCGGUUCGUUCAUGGCUUGAUGCGCAUGUUACCCGGACCUCCCGAGCGGCGUGAGCUUCUCGAGCUGGAGUAUGACAUGCACAGGAUGUGGAACAUGCUUGCGUCGGGCCAGGACCAGAUGCAGGAGACUCUGUCCCAGCUUUCGGAGGAGCUGGGCGGCCUGCGUGAGGAGAUUCGCGACAAGCUCAGCGCAGACCUGAAGCAGAGCCGAGCGGAGCUUCUGGGAGAGUUGAGGCAGGUGGCCGCCAGCUCGGUAGCGGUGCCGCCGCAAGCCCCCAGGAGGAAGACCGGGGCGAAGAAGCUCCAAGCCCUGGUCAAGGCGGGAAGGUCGGUGAGGAAGGCUGCAAAGCAGCUGGCGGAACUACCGCAGCAGGUCCAACAGCAGCUGGCCGCCAGCGAGCCGCCAGCCUUUCCCAGUCAAGAGGAGAUCUUCCAGCAGUUGCAGUCGGGCAUGGAGGCCCUCGUCCAGAGCCGCAAGCAGACCCCGCUGGCUCUGGAGGAACCUCGCGCCUCAGGCGACAACAAGGCGCCGGAAGUCCACGAAGCGCCUCACGAAGAGGUUGCCCCCCCACCGCCAGCCGCCCGAUCGCCAGAAGCCCGGCCUGAGGUGGAGGCGGCCUCUGCCAGCAGCACCCUCCGGGACGCCCUCCGGGACACUCUCCGGGAGCUGGCCUGUGGCAGCGAGCAGCGGCUCGAGGACUGUCUUUGA